AUGAAAAACUGGUUCAGCGUAUUUUUCUUUUUGCUCUUCAGUUGUUUUUUGCGUUUUUGCGUUCUUGUAGCUCGGUAUGAUUCUAUCAAGUCACCGGUCGUCAUUGUUCCCGGUACAGGGGGGAGCCAGAUUGAAGCAAAGCUAAAUAAGACAUCCACCAUUCACMGGUAUUGCCGUAAAAAAACGUCAAGUUAUGUAAACAUGUGGCUGCAGAAAUCGUCUCUUUUCCCACAACUGAACGACUGUUGGGUUGAUAAUAUGCGGUUGGUGUACGAUUGGUCGACUAACAGCCUCCACAAUGCACCUGGAGUUACGAUACGUGUUCCUGGAUUUGGUCARACCAGUACUAUCGAAUACCUAGACACUAUGAACUUGACCAAGUACUUUAAACCAAUGGUUGACGCACUUGUUUCCUGGGGUUAUGAAAGAGGGAUAACGGUCCGUGCAGCUCCCUAUGAUUUCAGAUAUGCACCAGAUUCUGGAGAUGUGUAUUUCAUGAAACUUAAGAAACUUAUCGAAGAUACGUCAAAGAUGAAUAGGGAGAAGAAAGUAACACUUUUGACUCACAGCUUGGGCUGCCCAUACACACUGGCGUUUCUCAACAGGCAGACCAACCAUUGGAAAAACACUUAUAUAAAGCAAUGGAUAGCGUUAUCAGGUAUAUGGGGUGGCGCUGCACCGUUACUAUGGAGAUACGCUUCAGGUGACGCUUGUGGAGUACCUCUUGGUUGUUCCAGCCACACUUUCAUGUUACCUAGCAAGGAGCUAUGGUCAGCUGAUGAGGUAUUGCUGAGGACACCGUCCCGUUCUUACACUACCCAAGAUUUUGAUGACUUUUUCAGGGACAUUGGUUUUCCUAAGGGGUCCUUAGUGAGAAGGAAUGUUCAAAGCUUGAUAUCACCKCUCCACAAAUACUCACCACACGUGACCCUCUAUUGUUUGUUUGGAUCUGGUAUUGGCACCGCUGAAAGGUAUACAUAUGGACCGGGCGAGUUUCCACAUGGAAAUCCCAGUAUAGCAUAUGGCGAUGGAGAUGGCACUGUAAAUGCGCGAAGUUUAAAGGCGUGCAAAAAUUUUCAACAACGUCAUGGAAUUCUAAUCAAGGUUUACCCUGGACGAAAUCACGAAGACAUUUUGAGUGAUGACAGUGUUCAUGAUUAUAUCAAAAGCAUAUUAUUUCAAUAAAAUGCACUAGUAAUACUCAAUUAAUGUUUGCACUGAAAAUUGCAAGCCAAAAGCUUUAAACAUGACCUUUGUAUCUCAGUCUUGCACGAUAUAUUUUUC